AUUUUUAAAUCGUUCACUUCUCAAGAAAUUUAAAAAAAAAAAAUGCCGAAAAUUCAGUACUCCGAAAAGUACUACGAUGAAAAAUAUGAAUAUAGGCACGUCGUUCUACCUCGGGAGGUUGUGAAACUCUUGCCUAAGAACGUACUUCUUAAAGAGGAGGAAUGGAGAGGAAUCGGUGUUCAACAAUCUCGCAGAUGGGAGCCCCACAUCAUGCUUUUCAGAAGGCCCUUGCAUUAUGAGGAAAAUCAAAAGCAGGGGAAGAUUGGUUUGAAAGGGUGAAAUGUAACUACACCUAUCUAUUUUUAAGUCUUUUGGAUCAUGGGUUUUGUUCU